UUAAGAACAGCCUUCUUUGAACAUUUUUUUUUCUAGAUCAGGAAAUGGAUUUUUUUCAUGGUAGACUUGUUUUCUGCAUUUUGUUUCUUCACUACCCAGUCACUAUCCCUGUCUAUGAUGAUAAAAAUAAGAUUGUCGGAGGUUAUGAAUGCCAAAAGAAUAGCGUACCCUACCAGGCGUCCCUGAAUGUUAGACGUCACUAUUGUGGAGGCUCUCUGAUCAGCAACUUGUGGGUCCUGUCUGCUGCUCAUUGCUACUCACCCCAUAUCCAGGUGCAUCUAGGUGAGCAUGACAUCACUGUGAAGGAGAGCACGGAGCAGAUCAUCAACUCUUCCAAAGUUAUUAUGCACCCUAGUUACAUCAGCAGCAGCCUUGACAACGACAUCAUGCUUGUUAAGCUUAGCCAGGCUGCCACCAUGAACAACUUUGUUCAGACCAUACCCUUACCCAGCAGCAGUGUGCCUGCUGGCACCAUGUGCCUGGUCGCCGGAUGGGGGAACACUGGAAGCAGUGGCACAAACUAUGCUGACCGCCUGAUGUGCCUGAAUGUCCCCAUUCUGAGUGACACUGCUUGCAAAAAUGUGUACCCUGGUAAGAUCACCUCCAACAUGGUCUGUGCUGGCUUCUUAGAAGGAGUUAAAGAUUCUUGCCAGGGGGAUUCUGGUGGCCCUCUCGUGUGCAGUGACCAGCUGCAGGGUGUUGUGUCCUGGGGUCAUGGCUGUGCUCUGAAGAAUAAGCCUGGUGUAUAUGUCAAAGUUAGCCAGUACACCACCUGGAUCAGGGACACCAUGAGCAAAAACUAACGCUUUUAGAUGUUACAUUUUGUAUCAUUUAUGAUGCUUAUAAUAAUAACAUCCAACAUUUCAGAAUAAAGAAGUAAAAUGUAUAUUUUAGCAUGUGGAUACCAUCUCUUUGGGGGAGCCAAUGAAAAUAUUUGGGCCAUACAUCACUGAAGACAUGGAAAUGAGAAGCAGAGUGCAAAAGACCUUGUGAAAUGACUCUUUCUGGUACUAUUCUUUCUCUCCAUAAAAAUGCUUGACAUUGGCAGUGGAGUUGGAAGCUUGGAAGAAUCAUUACCAUGUCGUUUCAAGCCCAUUGCAAUUUCACUUGAGAUGUGUAACAUAAUAUUCUAGAUUGUGAGAUGACAGCAUAGUAAACAUCUAUUUGCUAAAUGCGUGAUUUAUAUUUGCCAU